GAUAUUUUUAUCAAUUGUCUGACUUAUCUGUUCACUAAACAAAUGGCUAAACAUAUGAUAAAUAAACAAAACGUUUAUUUCUAUGAACUCACGUAUCAAAUGUCACUAUUUGUACAAAUGUUUGGUUUGGAUGAGGAAACUGUGGGUAUUAUUCACGGAGCGGAUAUACCCUUUGUGUUUGGUAUGCCUGUCCUUCAUCCAGAAUUUUCUACACCAGAAGACGUCGAUUUUAGUAGACUAGUCAUCAAAUUGUGGACUAAUUUCGCCAAAUAUGGCAAACCGGACGAACAAUGGCCUAAACUAUUGGGAGAUAAUAAUUUGAUUUCAGUGAGGGAUUUGAAUCCAGGUCAUAUGGAUCGGUUACGUGUAAAUUGA